AUGUUGGGCCUCGCAAAGAGAAUUGGGGCAAGAUUCCUUCUUACUAGUACAAGUGAGGUUUAUGGUGACCCUCUUGAGCAUCCACAGAAGGAGACAUAUUGGGGACAUGUAAAUCCAAUAGGUGUACGGAGUUGCUAUGAUGAAGGAAAACGAACUGCUGAAACCUUAACUAUGGAUUAUCAUCGUGGAGCUGGUGUUGAGGUACGCAUUGCACGUAUAUUUAAUACAUAUGGGCCUCGUAUGUGUCUUGAUGAUGGACGUGUUGUCAGCAACUUCGUUUCACAGGCCAUACGCAAGCAACCAAUGACAGUUUAUGGUGAUGGGAAGCAAACCAGAAGCUUUCAAUAUGUGUCUGACUUGGUUGAUGGAUUAGUGGCACUAAUGGAAAGUGAGCACAUUGGACCGUUCAACUUGGGUAACCCUGGAGAGUUCACAAUGUUAGAGCUUGCCGAGGUUGUCAAAGAAACCAUUGAUUCCAGUGCAACCAUCGAAUUCAAAGAAAACACUGCCGAUGAUCCUCAUAAGAGGAAGCCAGAUAUUACUAAAGCAAAAGAUCUUCUAAACUGGGAGCCAAAGAUUUCUUUACACGAGGGCUUGCCUUUGAUGGUCAAUGAUUUUCGAAAUCGCAUCUUGAAUGAAGAUGAAGGAAAGGGGAACAAAUGA